AUGGCACCCAACCGCGUGAUUCCGCGGGCGUGUCGUUAUGCAUUGCCGCAUUCCCAAGCAACCAUGUUGGGGACCAAGAAAGGCGACACGACCACCUAUCUUGCUCCAGCCAAGCAGGAGGAUCCUCACAGGCAGCAUGGUAGGGAGCCGCUCUUCGAGGGACAGGCUGACAUGGCAAGCCGCAUGCCCUCGAAACCGAUGAGCCUUCCCCGGUCGUCGAUGAGCAUCCUUGCCUUUGCUCUGACAUCUUCAGCGCCCAGAGACGCCCCUGUUGCAGUGGGCUCAUCAUUGAGACUCACCUCUCGGCUGAAUGAUGAUUUGGAGUCAUGGAUGAUCAGACUCUACUCAAUCACAAGAUUGGAAAGAGGCCGAAGCAUCAUUACUCCCUUCCUGUCUGAUACCAAGCUACCACAUUGUUGCGGUUAUAAGCACUCUUCGACGUUGGUCAAGGGUAAAGUCGGCCUUGUUGCCGCCGCGGGUUCUCCGUAUGGCAUCGGGCGGUCUCUUGUGAUGGCGUUGGCUAGUGCGGGACCCAAGGCCGUAUAUGCAACAGAUCUCACGCUGGCAAAUAUACAACCGUUGGGAAAAGAGGUUCAGGGGAGUGGUUCGACCUGCUCCAUACACGGCGCUGUGCUUGACAUGACGUCUGAGGAACAGACAGUCCAGAUGAUCAAGCAGGCCUUGGCGGAAUAUGGGCGAUUCGAUUUCUUCUUCGCCUACGCCGGAGUCGGGCUCUGCAAGUAUGAAUCCAAGUCUUAUUUGACACGGGGUGGCAUCGUUAACUCGCUCGAUAGAACACGGCCCAUCAUGACCGGACGAUUAGCGUCCUGCAGCGGUCUUUCUUCCUGGCGAUAA